UAACAUUACAACCUCAAUAGUUAUUAAGUUUUAUGAUCAUUGCUAUACUAAUUUUUUUACUUGUAUGAAAUACUCCCUUUGUCCCAGCUGAAAUGUCCUGCUUUCCUUUUUGGGUUGUCCCACUUGAAAUAUCCUGUUUCCUUUUUUGGCAAUACACUCUCUCUCUAUACUUAAUAUUUAAAUAAUUUCCACUAACCCACUUUAUCUACUUUAUACACAUUUCUUAAUCUCCGUGCCGAAAAGAAACAAGACAUUUAAGCUUGGAUACUCACAGUAAUUGUACCACACAAAGGCCACGUGUAUAUGUUCGACUCUCUUUAUAAUAGAAUUCGUAAUGUCCCUUGGAAAGCUGCUGUUGACAAUGCUAUGAGUAUCUACAAUGCAAACAAAGGAAAGAAAUUCAAGAACUCGGCAAAAUGGGAAACUGUAAAGGCUCCUAGGCAACCUGGUGGUACGGAAUGUGGAUUUUUUGUGAUGCGCUAUAUGAAAGAAAUAGUGCAAGGGUUUGAAAAGGACGCCAAUAUUUCUCUGCCAUCAUUGUUUACGAAUGUACAAUAUUCUCAAGUUGAAAUCGAUGAAGUUCGCGAGGAAUGGGCUAAGUGUGUUCUUACACAUGUAUUGGACUGAUCAGGUGGCAAUAACAGUUAGCAGGAAGAUAGGAAGCUAGAUGUGGCAUUUUGGUUGGUGUUUUGUAUGUCUUUUGAAUCUGGAAAAAAUGUAAGAAUUUGGUGAAGCAAGUGUUGAACACCAUUUUUCUGUUAAUAUUGUUUGGAUGUAAAUUACAUGACUACUUUAGGUACUUUGAAGCUACAAUGUAUGGAAGUUUAAGUUAUGUUAUAUAAUAUGUUUUGGAUUGUAUUA